UGGAAUACGACUUUUGCAAUGCCUUACUAUAUUAAUUCAAUUGCAGAUUUAUAUGGCGACAUUGAAUCUUUCCACCUUUAAAUAUCCGCUUGGAUUUAUACGCAUCGUAGAAUUUUUGUUCAUAAUCAUAGCCAUAGCGUCUGUCAACAGUUGGAAAGUAGGCCUAGAUUACGAUUGUCCAGAUGGUACGAAACAUAGAGCCAGUGUUGCCACGUUUAGCUUGUCACAAGCCGUUAUUGAGGACUGCAAAAAUUCAACUUCAACUCUUUGGGGAUCUGACGAUAGUGCCUCUGGUAGUGCGGGAUUCUUCUAUUUUGUCAACGUUGCCGCUUUGAUCUAUGUACUCAUCAUCACCUUCAUCUACGUUGUAUUUUGGCCUGUGUACGAAUCGGAGAAGAGACUGGCAUUAGUGGACCUGGCUCUAACUGCGCUUCUAUUUGUGUUGUUCUUCUUUUGUUCUGCAACUUGGUGGGCAGGAUCAAAUACGCUUGGGUAUGCAACAGGGGAAGAACGUGUCACUCAACUGAUGAAGGAAAAUCCCUCAUUCUGGAAAAACAGCACCACUAACGACCUGCACCUAAUGCGAGAUACUAGCAACGGAAAGCUAACCAUAUCAGUUUUAUGCGACUGGGUCUGUGUCUUCACAUUUGCGAUGAACUGCUGGUUCAUCUGGAAGGAGGUAGUGCCAAGACCCCAAACAAAUCCAUCACAAGUUGCCUAACUGAUCUGCUAUUGAGCUUUGCCAUGUCUUUGUUGUUUAUUAUCUGAUUUUGUUAAACUUUAUGUUU